AUGUCUUGCCAUAUUCUUAUUCGUUAUAGCGUGAGAUCAGGAAUGGUCCUUGGCCCUUGGCCGUUGAGCUGCCCCCCAACGCCUAGCAGCUUUCCCCGGAUUUGCAAGAUGCCAGAUGCCAGAACGGGCUUGGCUUUGGGGCCAGGAUCCGGACAACUAUGGGGUCUUGUUCCCCGCAACCCGGUCCAGCCGCGGCCCCAGCCGGUGCCGCAAAAGCACCAAACAAGAUCGCUUGCUUGGCCUUCAGUGACCUACUUGACCAUGGUACCUGAUGGUGAUAGAGACACGGGAGUGCCAUCUCCGAGCCGUACUCAAGAGGGCGUCACUCAGGAGGGCGAGAUAUCAGAUCUUGCUUGCAAAUCAUGCAAGAGGAGGAAAGCAAAAUGUGAUCGUCUUUUACCAAGCUGUACACUCUGCGAGAGAAAUUCCCAGGCGUGCGAUUAUCCAUCAACGCGACUAAAACCAGGCCCAAAGACAGGCUCACGACAUCGUAAGCGGCGGCGAUUAAGCAGCAGUCUCGCUCAUGUUGACGAAGAACAGCAUGUCGAGGCGGAGGACGACGCCCUCUCCGUGAGACCGGAAGUCUGCUCGAGAUCACUGCCCGCUGUUGAACCACAACUCCUUGGCUUCCUUUCUACGGGGCUUACAGACCACGAUGACUUGGCCAGUCUUCACUCGGACUCUUCGUACAUUUCCGAUACACGCUUCGUUCGCGCCAUCAGCUUGUCCGCCCUUGUCCAUCCAUCUCACGACGUAAACUUGACGCCCCCUUCAAGUGUCCCCUCGCCGAACCGUCGCGGCUUCUUCUUGCAACUUGCCGGCGCUCAAAACACAUUGCAGCAGGUAUGCGAGUCGCUAGACUUGUCAAUCGCAUCGCUGCAAACAUUGACCGACGCAUAUUUCGACAACAUGACUGCAUUCUCACUCUUCCAUCAACCUUCAUUCGGAGACAAGGUCCAGGGAAUCAAGAAUGCACUUCACCUCAAGGCGCUAUUGGCAUCAAUGUUCUCCUUCUCAGCUCGUUUCGCCACAGCUCCCGAUGCAGAGUCUCCGCCAACAAUGGAAGCCUACAGCGGCCCAAGCCAUGAGCAACUACACAAAUCGGCAAUGGGUUUCGUCAACGAGGCAAUCGAAGAAUACGACGACAAGCCCCCGCCACUUUGCAUCCUCCAGGCUCUCAUAUUAUGCACCUUCUAUGAGCUCACAAGAGGCGUCCGCGGUCGCGCAUGGCGAAUGCUGGGCAACUGCGUCAGAAUCGCCUACGAGCAACGACUUCAUCUUGUUGACAGCAUCACGCAAGCCAGACCUCAGCCAGGAACGUCUGGCGUCGCUCAAUGGUCGGCGAUGGAGGAGAGGCGCCGCAGCUGGUGGGCCAUCUGGCAGAUGGACAUAUUCGCCUCGACGGUGCACAGAUUGCCCACCGCGAUUGACCAGAGCGUAGGCAUGAACGAGAAUCACCUCCCGGUGCCAGACGUGAUGUGGUUUCAAAACAUGUACCAACCGAGCUGUCCGCUUGAUCCUGCUCCAUUGGAGCGGGCGAAGAAGCUGAGCAAGUCUGGGAACACCAGCGAUGUCGCGUGGUUCAUCGUUCUCAAUUCUAUCAUGCGUAACGCUCAGGUUCUGGCUCGCGGCAAUCUUCACAGCGUGCUUUCGGACCUCAGUCCCGCACCGAGAGCCGAUUCUCGGCCUCUCAAGCAGUAUCUCCACGGAUCAUUCCGCAAAAGGCAGUCGGCAGAAGAUGGGCAACAGCUACCCGUUCUCAUCGGAGCUCUCAAGCAGACUGUCGCGCUACUACCAAGAUCACUCACAUACCAAGGGGCUCAACUGGACUUCAAGUCCACGGGUACUUCGUCGAGCAGCGAUUGCCCUCAGCUGCCAUCCGAGAGACGUUCGAAUGCUUCACAGCACGCAAUCUACCUCAUGAUCCAGCUAGCACGAUUCAUGAUCUACCACCAUUUCGCAUUUAACGAGAUCUUACUAGGCACAAUUUUCUCAGAAACAGACAGUCCUCCUUCAUUUGGGUGGACAUCGUCAUCCAAGGAUGAAAAGGAGAGGCUGUCCAACUCAGAAGGCCUCCGGAACUGUCUCGAGGCAUCAGACGACAUCCAUUCCAUCGUCAGCCGCUCUUCAGAAACACACAUACAAUGGACGAACCCAUUCUUGGCGAGUACGGUAUGGCUCGCCGCCUCAUUACAGGUCCUCCGCAAAGUGUUUGCACCGUCGACGUGUAACGAGGCAUCGGAGAUGAAGAUCAAGGAGCUCCGUGCAGUAUGUCAGAAAUAUACCGACUUUUGGGGAACGCCUGAAAGUCUCUUACAAAAUCUUGAUUCGUUGGAGGAACGGCUAGCACAGAAAAAGGCAGAGAUUGCGGCGAUUGAAGCGACUCACAUGCUAGGCUGCGCAUCAUAUCAACACGCUGGACAUCAUACCUCCGCCUUCAACGGAACGAGUUCAUUGCAGAACUUUGGCCUCAUGAUGGGGCCUGAGCUGGACCAGAACUCUUUGUUCACAUCCGUAGGGCCGGGACACCAAUGCCAAGACGUGCCCACACCAAUGUCGCCGCGUAACGCUUCAACCGCCCAUGCCAACUGGUUUGUUGACGGGCAGCAAGAUGGCGCGGAGGGUACUACAGAUGGAUUAGGGAUUCCCGGUCUCAAUGCUUCGGAUGAGUUUGCCGGAUUUCCGGAGGGUGACCCGGAGCUGAGCUUCUUCAUGUCUACCUUAUUAUUCUUUUCACAAGGCGUGACUGCCGCCGGGCUAGGCUGGCUUGACGUAUUUCUACUCCAGGUCGACCGAUUACAGUAUGCAACUGCUGUGUACUUUGCGCAUUUUGAAAUCCGGGAAUCAAUUCAUCUCACCAUAAACCUUCUUCAUUCGAGUACCAGUCUUCGAAGCCAUUCACAGCUUCAAGCCAGAGCCUCACAAUCACGACCUAUCAUAACACCACGAUACAAGAUGAGCCCUUCGUGGACACACUUGGUGCGCUUCGUCGCUGAAGAAAAUAAUGAGAUACACCUAGGCCAGAUCGACGCCAGCCAGUAUCCUGAUGUGGGCCUAGCGACACUGGAAGGCCAGAAGGUCAAAGCCAACGUCGUAGUUGGAGAUGUUUUUGAUGGGCGUGUCACAGAAGAUGUCUUGCACAUUGAACACCUUCUAUCACCCGUCACCGCCGACCAAGUCCCAAUCAUCCGAUGCAUGGGACUCAACUACCGCGACCACGCCAAGGAAGCCAAUAUGCCCAUCCCCGAGGUCCCCGUCCUCUUCAUCAAGCCGAGGACAGCUUUGACUGGCCCGCACCCAUCCACGAUCAACAUCCCCAAGAUUUCUCAGGACGGGUCGAGCGACUAUGAGGCCGAGCUUUCUCUGGUUCUCUCAAAGUCUGGCCGUGAUAUCCCAGAGGAAGAGGCUAUGGAAUACGUGCUUGGGUAUACUUGUAGCAACGACGUCAGCGCCCGGAAGCAGCAGUUCAAGAACAGCCAGUGGUCUUUCUCGAAAGGGCCUGUCCUGGUUGCAAAAUCCGCGAUUAAAGACCCCCAUUCUCUACAGAUUCAAGCCAUCUACAACGAUCAGGUCGUCCAAGACUCCAACACGAAGGAGAUGAUCUUUACCAUCCCACAGAUGAUUUCGUUUCUGUCACAGGGUACGACUUUGGAGAAGGGCACAAUCAUCAUGACGGGCACUGGUCCUGGUAUUGGCGUGAUGAGGGACCCGCCCAUCACACUCCAUGACGGAGAUGACAUGAGGAUUGAGAUUUCCGAGAUUGGCACUCUUGUCAACCGUGUUCGCGACUUUUGUGACUCCCGAAGAGCGAAGCAAUUGCGUGGCAAUUCACCUAUGACUUACCCAGGCUCAUUUCGAGGUCCAUUCAAGCCUGCGAAGCGGAUGAUGGCUCUUAAAAUCACCUCUUACAUCACUUUCCCAGUCUAUCCUUGGUAG